CAACUCGACGCGUCUCCCUGCCGCGCCGUCAUCCAGAGCGCGCACGUGCAAUUCAUGAUUGGAGCGACAACGACUACAUUCAUCCACGCAUACCGGCAAGACAGCUCUGUGCUGCGAAUGAUGCUCUCAUCUCACAUGUUGAUUCAAGGUGUCGUGUGAGAUUCCCUGCCGCAAGGCUGAAUCGCUCCCGAGUGUCAUAAUCUAAAGAACGAUCAUGUCUGGUUUCAAAGCCCUAAAUCUUGAGUCGGACGACGAGUCGGACAUCGAGAUCGACGACACAAAGGAGAUUCAGAUCGAAGAUGCUCUCAAAUUGUAUCAGACUGCGCUGAAGUACCACUCGGAGGGCCCGUCAUCGUUCCGCAAAGCCGAGGAAGCCUACGAUCUGUUGUUCAAGUCCGACAUUUUCAAGUACCCUGAAUCGCAAAUCGAAUUGCAACGUAUUGAACUUUAUGAUGGGGAGCCAGAUGUCUUGUGGGACGAUUCCGACGAGAGAGUGGCCGGCGUCAUCCCAACAGCGAGUGGUCUUGACACUGGCCCGAGCACGUUGCCUCAAAUCUUGCAUCUUUCGCACAAGAAUUACGCGCAAUUUAAGCUCGAUGUGUUGAGCGCGAAGCUUCAAAGCAAGCCGGCAGGUCGAGCUGAGGUACAUGACGACACGUCAACGGCCCUGGAACAUUUUGUGCAAGCCCUUGACAAAGACGAUAGCGACGUAGACCUGUGGCAGCGUACAGCCUCGGUGGGUCAGCUGUUGAACAGUUCGCGUCUUGCUAGAUUCGGCUGGGAAUCCAUACUCGAGGGCGAUGACGAUGAUCCAGACGGUCUGUACUCGGCAACAGGAUUAGAGGAGGCUCUUGCUACAGACCAACUGCAAGACUUGAUUCAGGGUCUGGGAGAUACACUGUCAGCGCUGCAGCGAUCGACGCCUGUUUCCACAAGAAAGACCGUCUCCAAAGCAUUGCAGAUGCGACUUCGUCCGUAUGCUCGGCUCAUCGCGCAGCAGAAAUUAUUGGAGAGACAACCCGAGAAUCUCGUCAAGCCUGUGGUGCACAAGGUCACCCUUGAUACGCCAACGACAUGGGCUAUGUUUGGUGAACAGAUCCUAGGACAACAAGCUGCCGAGCAGCAUGGUACGUCUGCGGUCCAGCCAGGCCUUGCACUAGAGUUCCUUUCUAUUCAGCGGUCUAGUGAAUCUUCAUCUGUUGUUGCAUUGACAGAGGCACCAUCUACGACGGCAGGCAAUGCAAGUGAGGAUAAUUAUUUCGUCCGAGGCGCCAUACUUACUAUCGAUGAGCAAUUCCCAGGCCUUGACAGAGGUCGGCCUACAGUACAACCCAGUAUUGCGGCCGCGGAUGCAAGCAUGCAAACCGUGAUCGAGCGACGAGCUGAGCGGUCCAAAUCAGCGCGCGAGUCUACCGGCCCAUCCCUGCCAUCACGAAAACGAUCAGGUGAUGCAUCGGGUAUGCUUGAUGGGGCAGAGGAAGGGCGCUCCAAAAGCAAGCGAUUACGCGCGAGAGAUUCGAACGCCGAUGCUCUAGACACGAAGCAAGCUAUACUCGAUGCCAAUGCCCGUUGGGAGUACGAACAGCAAUUAAACGAGUUCCAGGCUGCUGACGAUUGGAUGUUCGAGACCGUUGGUAAUUUCUUUGAGAGGAUGGGCAUUGUCAGAUUUGAUGCAGCUCGGCAUGUUCGUCAGGAAAUGCAGCCCAAUACCAGCGAUACUGCCAACUCCAGUGAGUGUACCAAGCACGAUGACAAUCUAAAAAUUGUCCGAGCCGAUCUGCAAGCUUGGCUGCAAAACUACAAUGAGGCAUUCGCGCAGCUCUCGUUGCUUGGUUCGAGUGGUCUUAGUUUCGGGCAAGGACUUUGUCGGACAGAUGUCGCCGAUAUGUUCUCUGCCAGCGCAGUCUCGAAAUCGACGACACGCAUCGAGCCUAUGCCGAAUGAUGGGCUCUCGUCUGUUUUGCAAGCCAUCAACAGGCGCUGGCUCAACACCGCUGGUGUUGCGUGGGAGUUUGUUAGAGCGUUACUUGCUCCUGGAGCGCACACAGCAAGUAGUUACAGGCAAUAUCUUUGGCCGGAUGAUCUCAAGACAACCGUCGUUCAAGUGCUUGUGAACCUAGAUGAGCCCUUGUUCGAGAAGGCUUCAAUGGCCUUGGAAAGCUGUCGAAGAGGCGGAGGAAAGAAGAGGGACGACGCGACAAUCGCAGAACUGGUGCAGGGCAUUUUUGAGCUCCAUCUAGACAUAUACAGUCUGAUCUCAAAAGUCAACAGCGGUGUCGACACGCAGACAAUCGUUUAUCAGGGCGAUCGCUUGCAGCGGUGGUCAGAGCUGGCCAGAGAAGCAAUCUCAUUCCGCGCAGUACGCCGAGGUUCAACAAGCCUCGCAGACCAGCUCAACUUACGCUUCUUGUGGGCUACAACAUUUCACCUCAACGCCCUGUCAGACGUCUCACAAGAGCACGUAAUUGAGUGCAUGAACGACCUGCGUACCAUCGUCUCGAGCGCUGAAAGCACCGUGAUAAAGCUCCAAAAUAAUGCCAUCAUGCCAGAGAUAUCGUUGCUAUCUCUGGACCGCGAGAUGUCCAAGUUGACACUGCGAGACUUCUUUGCAAAGGUCACGAGCGAGAAUGAUCAAGAUCCUGUAGCAGUCAUAGAAGGUCUCGAGCCCCUUUUGGAAACUUUGAAUCCAAUCUCCGGCACCUCAACAACUCGCGAUCCAACCGAUUCAGGCGUGCCAUUCGCCGAUGCAUCGCAGGAGCUUGUCCGUUUUCUUAAAAACAGUAACAUUUCUCUACGCUUGUCACUAUGGCAACGUCUCCGCGAAGCGUACGUCAAGAUCGAAUAUGCACCUAUGCAAUUUUAUUGUACCAUUCGCAUGAUUGGCCUUGUUGUGGAAGAGAUGAAAUCAGGAGAGACACAGGGGCUCGAUCCUGCUGAGCGUCAAACCGCUGCCCUGAAAAACCUCCGUGUGCUUCAAGAUAUGAUCGCACUACUUGACAAAACGAUGCGUGCUUCAGCAGAUGCUCUUUUACGCAUCGAUGAAGCCGGAAUGAAGAUGGCAGUGUCUGUUCUGGGUGAGAUACUACAAUUGUGUCAGGUGUUCAAUGUGUUCGAGGAUUCACAUCGUGUCGGUCAAGCUCCCCGGCCCAUGGGAACCAAUGGCUCUCCUGCUCCGUCCUUCAUGGUUAUCACAAAGGCUGUGCAUGACAUGCAGGUUCAGAUAUGGCUGAUUCUUUACGGGUUGUUCAAAGAUGCCAUUUCCCAAAGUCGGGAACAAUUCCCAACUCCAGAUGAAGAUCGGUUCGACUUCCUCCGCGCGGUCCAUCGCAACCUUGGCAUUCGCGGAAUCUGCGGUGCACACAAUCGGAAGUUUGUCCAAAUGCUGAAGGACGAAUUCUUCCAGCUGACACACGUUGACGGCUACGAGAGCGAACAGGCGCAAGUACUGCAUGAUCUCUAUGGCAUCAAUUGUUUCCUCAAUCCUUCUUAUGAGCUAAUUGAGCACCAUUGUACAAAGAAUGCCUUCUUGGACAGAGGUGCAGCCGCCCAAACGGUCGAUCUGCUGCUCACGCAAGCUUCGAAACUUCCGAUGAAAGAGCUCAUCAAACACACACUCAAGGACACCAUCGAGGUCGUGCAUGGAACGCUUGCUCGAAAUAAGAAGACUGAUGCCAUUAUGCGAAACCGAGAGGUAUACCGGGCCUUCUUCAAAUCGCCCAUCAAUCCGAUAGACAUCUUUGCUUGCCUGAAGGGUGCGGGAAAUCAGCUGCCGCUUACACCGAUUCCGAAAGAAGAUGCUUUGAUGGCUUCCAAAGGCUGGUACUUCUUGAUGGGACACAUCGCUCUGACGAAAUUUCGCUCGCAGAAGCGCACAGUGCCCACGCCCACAGAGGAUCUCGACAUUGCUAUCGCGUUUUUCAACCAGGAUCUUGACUACAGUAUGGAUAAUUGGGAGACUUGGUUCAGACUAGCUCAGGCGACCGACACGAAGAUAGAGGAAAGUGUGCUCUGGUCGGCCGAGAAACUGAACACUAGCAUGCAGGACAUAGUUCUCAUGCAGAAACAAGCCAUUCACUGCUAUAUCAUGGCGACCGCACUGGCAUAUCGGUCUGCCAGCUUUGCCUUUGAGACAUCUGAUAAGAUGACGGAACUGUGUGGCGAUUUUGCAUUACGACUGUACAGCUCUUCUCGCGAACCGUACGGCAUGCAAGCUUUUGCUGCUCCGGUGGAGGACUUUGCCAAAUUCAUCACUACAGGUCAUACCGGUGUGGAGAGAGUAGCUGCUUUCAAGCCGCUAACUCCCUACACAUGUUGGAAGUUGGCGAAUUCGUUUCUGAGGAAGGCCAUCGCGGGCAAUCCGGAAUCGUGGACGCUCCGAUACAUGCAUGGCAAAUGCCUCUGGAAGAUGCACACGGCCUCCGAGCGCGACAGAUCCCGGCAUGAUAAACCGCCCAGUGCGAUUGAGGUAUUGGAUGCUUUCAUACAGGCUCUGGCUCUUUGUCCCAAGAAAGAUGGACGCGAUUCCAAGCGUGAGCAGAUAUUAGAGCCGCACUACAAGCUUGUGGUGAUCGUUCAUAAGCUGGUUAUCAGUGAAGCAAUUGAUUUGCCACAAGCUCGCGAGGCUUUAAACCACACACAAUAUGCUCAACGGGAGGAAUUUCCUGAGAACCGAGAUGGUUGGGUCUCAUUCAUGCUCGAUGUUCUGAAAAAGCUUCGAGCGGCAGACAAGUCCAAUUGGUAUCAUCGGAUGGUGGUCCGUUCUGCUUUGCUGAUGUCGACGAAUGUCAAGACUGAAAAUGGUGAAACUGACGCAGACGGCACUCUCGGCGCCGAGACUGCGAAGAAUGAGCUCACUCAACAGAUGUUCACGAAGACAAGAGGCCUGCAGAUCUGGAAGCCAGACACAGAACGCCCAGGUCGGCACUUUGUCUAUACCGCGCGCUAUACUCGCAUGUUUGUGAAAAUUCUCAAGCAACUCAAGGACCGCGUAUGGCUAGACAUUCUCGCAAGACGAGUCCGUAAGAAGCCGCACGAUAUCUUCGAGCACAGUCUGGUAUGGCAGGAUUUGUGCGCCACUUAUCUGCUGCUCCUUCGUGCACAUGCCGAAAUUGCCGAGGGACUAGAAGUGUCAACAUUCAGCAACAUCGCUCACGAGGACUUUCUACUUCGUAAGGAACCCCUAGAGAAGUGGAUGCAAGCCCAGGAUACUGGUACAUCGGCUGCAUUGGACGUCUUGCGCGAAGUGCAAGAACUAAAGAAGGUCAAUCAGGGGCUGAUGAAGACCGGAACUAUUGACGAUCUGAUCGGAGAUUCAUACGCUCAUCUUUUCAACACUACCGGGAAACAAUUGUGGGAUGAGCAAGAGCGCAACAAACAAAGCGAGGAAGCUGAUCCGUCAGCUACUAACCAGAACCCGUCAAGGCCUGAAGCCAUAGACCUUGCUCAUCUAAUGAAUGUUAAUGGCGCGGAUGAAUCAGGGUCGACAGCACAAGCAACUGCAGCUCCCGAGACUGCUCCUGUACGUCGCAAGAUCGGCGUAGGACGCCGGGAGAUCCGCAAUUGUGCAGAGGGCUGCUACCAGAAAGCAUCGUCGCAAACAAAUGCAACGAGCAAGGCGGGUGAGCCAGCCGAGCCCCGUCUAAAAGCAUUCGUGGAGAUCACACGACAAUACGUUACCUCAGCCGACCCUCCUACAGUCAACAGCGCUCCAGGCAGCAUACAUGAUAGUGCGGAUGACGAAAGUGAGCUUAGCGAGCUCGAGGAAGAAGACGAAGAGGAAGAAGAAGAGCCAACCGUGAAACAAUCACCUUUUGUUCAUCGUCCGAUGUUCCCAGGCCUAGCUUCUUUCUCGAGCCAUGUUGUCGCGGACGACUCAGUGGUUGAUGAAUCAGAAGAUGUGAACAUGCAGGAAGAGGACGAGAAUCUAAACAGAACGGAUCAGGAAGUAGAGGCUGCUCCGCAAGAUGACGGAGAGGGGAAGUAGGAUGCUUGAUCAUGGGAGACAUCUAAAGUUCUGGGUGCGCAUGGCCAGGACAGGGAGCUAGCUCGGGUGUAUGCCAUUCUUCAAAAUGUAGUUAUACUUUCGCUAUACUUUCGCCCGAGGUAAUAAGAUCACAUGUUCCUGGAGG